AUGGCUCCGUCGAGCCCAAAGCGUGGCAAUCCGUUUUCAGCUGCGGCCAGUCGCAUUCAGUCGUUUGCGCGGGCUAUCCAAGACAGGAAGAGGUUCCGAGCCGAGAGACUUCGGCGUGAUGCAGCGACCCAGUGGAUCCAAACGGCUUGGCGGCGGCACGAAGCCUGCAAGAUCACGAAGGAGUUCAGAAGAAAGCGUGCAGAGCUGCGCGCUUGCCUCCUCCUGCAGCGUCAAUUCCGGGGCCAUGCCGUGCGGCGGAGCACUGGACCUCAGCUCCGGAAACGACAGCAUGCAGCUGCUCGUGUGCAGGGCAUGGCAAGAGUACGAAAGGCGAAGCGGGAGGUGGAACGGUUGCGCAAGGAGCUGGAACUUCGCCGAGAGGCUGCGGUUACCAAAAUCCAGAGCUGCAUGCGCGGUGUAGUGGCUCGGAGGAAGGUGUUGCCACAAAUCACCUUCCGACGCCUGGCGGUCAUUCGCAUGCAGGCUUUCUUGCGAGGCGUCCUCGGGCGGGCGCGUGCCCGAAUCGCCAAGCGAAAUCGGGCUGCCAUCAAGAUCGAGAGCUUCUGGCGCGGCGGGCUCGCCAAGGCGGAGGCCAUGCGGCGCAGGGCGGCCGAAGCAAACCGGCUCCUGGAAGCCUUGCUGGAGGGCAAUGUGCCCUUGACGGAUGGCACGCCGCGCACCGCGGCCGGUGGCAGAGCCUGGCUGGGCAAGGUGACUGCAGCGCUGGAGUGGAAAGCUCAGAACGAUGCAGACGAAGAGGACAAACUGAUGCGACUGCGACGGCAACUGGCUUUCAGCCGGCUUCCACAAGUACUGCUGGAGGAGGUCGGAAUGCCGGACAGCAUCCUCUCUGCAGCCCUCCUGGACCGUUCUGUGGCCGCCCUGGGGAUCUGCAAGCGCCGUGCCCGGCACCGCAUCCGGGCUCUUCUGCAGACGCAGAUCUGCCAAGGUGGAGAGCUGGUAUUCAACAGGCAGAUGCGCAGAUCCUUGUCCGUGGACCAUGGCGUGCUCAUUCGGCUCACAACGGAAGAUGCUGUUCGGGAGGUCUCCAACCUCCUCCUCACCUCCUGGUCUAUUGCAGCAGCGCGACGCUCUGCAUCGUCGGCCGGAGGCGCCUCUACGACUCUUCAAGUGCUGCAGUCAGGCCUUCACUCCCUGAAGCGGAAGUUGCACGUGGAGCUUUAUGCCACAGGCAAAAGCACCCAGCCGCAAGACUCGGCAGCCCUGGCUGCACUGGUCGCGUCUGGAGAGGAGGCGGCGACGAAGGCGGUCGAGCGGGCCGCCGCCGCAAGGGACAAGGUCCUGACGCCCUUGGAGCAGGAGCACGCGGCCCUGAUGUCCGAGAGCAAGGCGGCUACGACAGCACUGAAGGCUGCUGUUGAGAAAGUGCAGCCGGAGGUCGAUGCUAUCAAGAGGAAGCAUCAAGAUGAGGCCAAGCAGGCGGAGGAGAAGCUUCGUGAAGAAAGGAAGCAGAAGCACGAGCAAACGGUCGCGCUUCACAAGAUUGCCAUCAGCACGCAGAUCGAAAAGGAGCGUUUGGAGGCUGGCCUUGUGGACAAGAGCAGGCCAAAGGUUGCCUGCUACAAGAAAGUCUUCGCGAACGUUAAGGAACUGCAGCAAGAGCUCAAGGAUUUGGAGGUCAGCGGCACGGCUAAUCGGAAGAGCCAGGGCAUUCUGCAGCACACUCUGCGAGCCCUCGAGUCCCGGGCAGUCAAGGCGGAAAGCGACGCCAAGGCGAAGGUGCUCUUUGGCGAGGAGGAGCAAGAUGUCAAGGACUUCAAACCCAGCGCUCAGGUGCUCAAAAAGCAAGAGAAGAGCGUGGAGCAAGAGGAGCAGUUCCAAGUCCAGCUCGAGUCCGAGGUGCAUAGCCUCCGCGCUGACCUGGAAGCGAAAGCCAGCCGCGAGGCUGGCCUUCUCGGUGCACAGCUGCGCCGGGAGGCAGAGGAGUUGGGCCAGGCCGCGGCAUCAGUGGAACGUCGCAUCGUCAGCUGGAAGGAGCGGGCGGAUGCUGUUCGGCAGUGGCUGGCAGAGGUGGUGCCAGUGGCAAAGUCUGCAUCGCGCGUAGUGACGGCGGCCGAUUUCGUCAAGGCUUGCCAAGCGCCCGAGUCUGAGCACACCUACGGGGCGUGCCUCCGGGCGGUGGCCAAGCAGGUGAUCUCACUCCUCAGUGAGGCCGAGAACGUUGCUCGAGGGGCGUCCUCCCCUCGUGAAGGCGACCUGGCCCCGCACCUGCAGCGGCUCAAGUCGACCCUAAAGGCACUUGGCGAGCUGCGGGUGACUUUCCCGGAUCCGCCAGAUGUGCGGAGCUCGCCCAGCGCGGCCAAGGGGAGGAAGCGGCUCUAUGGCAGGGAGGAUGGCGAUGAAGACGACGCAGAGUCCACAGAAGCUCCAAAGGCCAGCAGCCAGGGCUCGAGGAAGAACUCCAUCAGCACGCCUCCGCCUCUGCCGCUCUCCACGGUGGAGGGGGCCGACGAUGCCGAAACGGACACGCCGCGCGAGGACUGUGCGAGCGUGCCAACGGACACACAUUUCGGGGGAGCAGAUUCAACGGGGGGAAGUUGUCAUCCAAGCUCCGAAGCGAUGGCAUCUGGUGAGCUGCGGCUUCGCGUGCUGCAGGUCGGCGACCUGCGCAUGAGAGUGGCCGAGCAGGGCGAUCCGGCCAACCCACUGGUGCUGCUCAUCCAUGGCUGGCCCGAAUGCUGGUUCUCGUGGCGCUGGCAGCUGCCUGCUCUGGCACAGGCUGGGUACUACGCAGUGGCGCCGGACAUGCCCGGUUAUGGAGGCACGGACUCUCCCAAGGAGGUUGCUCGCUACGAUUCCAAAAACAUAGGUCAGGACAUGCUGUCACUCCUGGGAGCUCUGGGAAAGGAUUGCUAUGCCCUUGUUGGUCAUGACUGGGGUGCCCUCCAUGUAUGGUUUCUUGGCAGCCUCUUUCCGGAAGCCUUCCCUCGGCUUUGUGCCAUGAGCGUGCCGCCGCUCUUCCUCCACAGCCAGCAGCCUCCGGUCCGUGAACUCAGCGCGAGAUACGGCGAAAACUUCAACUACAUCCUCUACCACAACGAGCACAAAACCUACGGGGAGUCCUGGCCGGUCUCUGACGAAUCCGCGGUCUCCGGCCCGGCGGAUCGGGAGUACGACGCCGACCCGGAGAACUUCCUGCUCCGCAUCUACCUUUCUGGCGCAUUGAACACUUCCGAAGUGAAAGCCAUCCCCUUGGAGGCCGACCGCAACAAGGAUCCGAAGCGUUCCAGUGGUGGAUGCCGCACGCGCCUUCCGCAGCCGAUCAAGGGGGCACCUUUGCCCUCCUGGCUUCCCCGUCCUGCCUUGGACCGCUUCGUCGACGAGUUUCGAAAGUCGGGAUUUCGAGGAGGGCUGAACUACUAUCGAUGCCUGGAUCGAAAUUGGGCACAAGUUCAGGAGCCGUUGAAGAAGAGAGGACGGAAAAUCCUGCAGCCUCUCUUGUUCAUCGCUGGGGAGCUCGACAACGUCAUCCACACGAACGGUGGCAUGGAAGCUUCGACGGCCGCGCUUCGCAAGACUUGCAAAGACCUUCGUGGGAUCGUCUACAUUCCGGACUGCGGCCACUGGAACACACAGGAGAAGCCGCACGAAACCAACGUCGCACUCCUCGGAUUCCUGGCUUCAACGAAAGAUCUGGGCAGAGGGCCCGGGCCGCGCGAGCCGACCAGCCGGCUGUAG